CUCGUUGCGCGUCACCUGAGCAGACAUCAGACCGUCGCCUCGGUUCUCCGGUGUUUAUUCGUGAGAAGCGGCUCAUGAUGCGAGGUUUAUCCGUUCUUCAGCUGCUGCUCGUGACGCUGAGCGCGAGAGAAGCGCGGGAGAUCGGCGGCGGGAAUUUCUUGGAAGACGAGCAGCAGUGGCUCUCAACGGUGCACCGGUACAGCCGCACCGUCAAACACUGGAACCGCUUCAGAGACGAUGACUACAUCCGUACGCUGGAAGGUCCACAGGCUUCAGAUGAAAGUCUGGACACCACGAAGGAUCCGUGUCAGAAGGUGAAGUGCAGUCGUCAUAAAGUGUGUGUGGCUCAGGGAUAUCAGAGAGCAAUGUGUGUGAACCGCAAGAAGCUCCAGCACAGAAUCAGACAGUCUGGACUGAAGCCUCACGCUAACAACUGUAAACCCUGUUCAGAGACGCCCUCGACACCUGUGUGUGGAUCAGACGGACACAACUACGCCUCACAGUGUAAGCUGGAGCAGCAGGCGUGUUUGUCGGGGAAGGAUCUGUCUGUUCUGUGUUCUGGUUCCUGUCCUUGUAUCAGUGCUGGACCUCCUAAAGCAGAACCCACGAUCAAGACGAAUCCAGAGACGCCACCCGAAAUCAAACAAGAGCUCUGCACUGGUCAGGAUUUAGCAGAUUUGGGCGACAGACUCCGAGACUGGUUUCAGCUUCUUCACGGAAAUGCAAAACAGAACAACUCUGGAAGACAAAGCACAGCGUCAGUGUUUGACCGGGGGCUCGUGGCCGGCUGUAAGGACUCCAUCGGCUGGAUGUUCUCCAAGCUGGACACCAGUAAUGACCUGUUCCUGGAUCAGUCGGAGCUGGCUGCCAUAAACCUGGAGAAGUAUGAAGUGUGUAUCAGGCCCUUCUUUAACUCUUGCGACUCCUACCGCGACGGGAAGGUUUCCACGGCAGAAUGGUGCCUGUGCUUCUGGAGAGAGAAACCUCCAUGUUUGGCUGAAAUCGAGAGGAUUCAGAUGCAAGAGCCGUCUAAGAGGAAACCGGACAUGUACAUCCCCAGUUGCGAUGAGGAUGGUUAUUACCGGAAGUUGCAGUGCGACCGCAGCCGUGACGAGUGUUGGUGUGUUGACCCUCACGGAUCCGAGGCCCCGGGGUCCCGGAUCCAUGGAAACCCCGACUGCGACGAGUUGCUCAGCUCCGGAGAUUUCAGCAGCGGCGUCGGCUGGGAGGACGAGGAGGAGAAAGACACGGAUGAGAACGCAGAGGAAGAAGAGGAGGAGGAAGAGGAGUCCGAGCCGGGAGAGAGCGAUGACGGCGGAUACAUCUGGUAAAACGGCUUCAGCGUCUGCUGCCCGGUGCACCGACAAACCACCCGAUUUACUUCUGCUUCCUGAAACAUUCCACCAGCGUUUGAGUUUGCAUUUCAGUGUUUUUCAUUUCUGUCAUCGCUUUAACGGAUGCAGGGGCGGACUUAGUGAUUUGGGGGCCCUAAGCAAAUUUCAGGUAUGGGGCCCCCCCCCAACACAAUAACUAUAUGUGUCCCUGCAGCACAAAAGCAGUCAUAAGCAGCACAGCUAUAUUUGUAGCAAUAGCCAACAAUACAUAGUAUGGGUCAAAAUUAUACAUUUCUCUUUUACGCCAAAAAUCAUUAGGAUAUUAAGUAAAGAUCAUGUUCCAUGAAGAUAUUUAGUAAAUUUCUUACCGUAAAUAUAUCAAAAGUUAAUUUUUGAUUAGUAAUAUGCAUUGCUAAGAAUUCAUUUGGACAACUUUAAAGGUGAUUUUCUCAAUAUUUAGAUUUUUUUGCACCCUCAGAUUUUCAAAUAGUUGUAUCUCAGCCAAAUAUUGUCCGAUCAUAACAAACCACACAUCAAUGGAAAGAUUAUUUAUUCAGCUUGAUGUAUAAAUCUCAAUUUCCAAAAAUUGACCCUUAUGACUGGUUUGUGGUCCAGUGUCACAUAUGCUCUUUUACGCCUAACCCUUAUUUUGCUCUCUCUCUCUCUCUCUCGUAGAUUAUAGCUAUAACUAGUUUAUUUACCCCUUCACAACUUAAGUCCAUAAUUAGUGAACCUGAUGCUGUUGUAAAACCAUAUUAGGCUUCCUUAAUUUUUUUUGGAUCACAAAAGAAGACAUUAUAAAAAAAAUACUUGCAUUACUUGUCCAUUUAAUGAAUUGUAAGCUUCUUUAAUCUUUUCACAAAAAGGAUUCAAAUGUCAUAUAAAUUAUCCCAUGCAACUCGUUCCGUAUUCUAAGUGUUAUUAAGGCAUACAGUAGGGUUUGCCAAGAAACAAAUUUGAAAAUAUAAUCUAUUAGGCUGUUAAGAGAAAAUCUCAAGUCAUCGCUUUCGUG